UGACAGUAUAAAACCCACAGGUGGCGGUGAACACGCAUUAUAGGAGGACACACCUUUACUGUCUCAAUCAAUUGUUAAGUAGAAACACACAGACGGAGACAGGGGAAGGUGGAGCUGUGUUUUGCUAUUCAACAACCUUUGGAUGUGCUGCAACCUACUUUCACUUCAAACUGAAGAGGUCGUGGGCUUGUGAAAAAUGUUCGGAUCUCUGAACAAAUAUAUCAAUGGCUGCUUGGCGAGGCGAAAAAUCCACAGGAACAGACUAGUGACCAAAGACGGUCGCUGCAACAUUGAAUAUGGAAACAUCAAGUACAGCAACCACUUAUCCUUACUGGCUGACUUCUGGACCACCUUUGUUGAGAUCAGGUGGCGUUUUGUCCUCCUGAUCUUCAUCGCCUCGUUCACCCUCAGCUGGUUCCUUUUCGGCCUGCUGUGGUACUGGAUAGCCCGCAGUAAUGGAGAUCUACCCUGGCAAAACCCCAAACUAGACCACUCUCCAUGUAUUGAAAAUAUUUUUGGACUGACCACAGCGUUUCUCUACUCCCUAGAAACCCAGACAACCAUUGGGUAUGGAGGCCGAUCGCUCACCCAUAACUGCCCAGGUGCUGUGGCCCUUCUUAUUAUCCAGUCCCUCCUUGGAGCCAUUAUUAACUGCUUCAUGUGUGGACUGAUCCUGUCCAAAAUCUCUUUACCCAAAAAGCGAGCAAAGACCAUCUCAUUCAGUAACAUGGCCGUCAUCAGCAUCAAAAAUGGUUCUCUUUGCCUGUCAAUGAGAGUGGCCAACCUGCGCAAGACCCUAAUGAUUGGAAGCCAGAUCUACGGCAAGCUGCUGAGGACAACAAACUCACCUGACGGGGAGACAAUCAUCAUGGACCAGGUGAACAUCGACUUCAUAGUGGAUGCCGGGAAGGACAACCUCUUCUUUGUGUGUCCCCUCAUGCUCUACCACAUGAUUGACAAGAGCAGCCCAUUCUUCGAGAUGGCGGUGGACACGCUCCAUAAACAAGAUUUUGAGCUAGUAGUCUUCCUAGACGGCACAGCAGAGUCCACAAGCUCUGCCUGCCAAGUUCGGACCUCGUUUAUUCCUCAGGAGAUCAUGUGGGGCUACAACUUCCUACCUAUCAUCUCCAGAAACAAGGAGGGCAAGUACAGAGUAGAUUUCUCCAACUUUUCCAAGGUGGUGCCAGUGGCCACCGCACACUGUGCCUACUGUUACCACAACAUCAAGGGUCACCAUCACCACUCCAGAGAUGGACAUGACAACCAGGGCUUUGAUGUGAUCAAUAUCGAUGACCCCCCCAGUGUCACUAAGAUGUAAGACGCAUUGCAAUGAACAGUAGAAACUGUUACGGCCCGUCCACACUACAGCUUCAAAAAAAGCUUGGAGCUGGGCGUGUCUGAAGCUCGACCAACAACCAAUCACAUGAAUCUCCCGCCCCUGACACACAAGCAGCGGUUUGAUUGGCUAGAGCUUGUACUGGCAUAUGAUUUGAUUGACUGACGCUUCCACCGAAAGCUUCAGAAGCUUCAAAAGUUGAAGAUUGCUCAACUUUUGCAGCAUGAAACGCCAGGAAAGCUCCGCUCUGCUUCCCACAAUGCAGUUCGGCGAAAAGUGACGUCACCCCAUUCAAAGUGAAUGGGCAGACGCGUUGGAAACCGUUUUUGAAGCUGUCGAAGCUGUAGUGUGGACGGGCCGUUAACCUCCCAUCAACCUGCUUAUUUGUUAUUCUAUUGUGUUAAACAUAGAUUAGAAAGCCGUCUGUGGGUCAGAUGCAGAACUUGUAUUUAAAAACCACACCUGUCACUGUCUGAUGACAAAAAAACCUGUUCUCAAAAGUGAGGUCAGGCCAUGGAAGAUUGUGAAGCUACAAUUCAACAACAGAAACAGAGUUUUCCCAAAUACUCUCCUCGGGGAUUAUACAUUGUGUGCAUUUAAUUUAAAUGAAGAUGAUUGGUUCGUAUUUACCUCUGGCUGCAGAACAGGUUUACUGAGUAUAAAGAGGCUGAAUAACUAUGCAAAUGUUUUGCCCCGUGAAUAAAUCCUUCAAUUACUUGAAGGACCAACAUUGAAGGCCAUGCUUUUGACGAGGGUGAAGAAAAUAUAUGGUGGUUCUUUUAAUAAUGCAUGCAGCCUGCUGUACACAGAGACACUUCGACUUGAACCAUUAGAGUAUGUUUAACUAUUCAGACAUCGAGGCACUAGUAAAGGGCCGGGCUCAGGGGCCACUCCUUUCAAACAGUGGGUGAUUUACUUGUGCUUUUCUACUUGAGUGAACACAUUGCUAGAGAAAAUCACUGUCCGGAAACACUUAAAAUAUGCCUGCAUGCAGCACUGACUUUAGUACGGAAAUCAAUUGUCUAUGUUCUUGUUACGUUUUGUUUUGUUUUUUAUCUCAGGGGAAGUAAAUUAAAGGCUAUUUUUUAAUAAAAAA